UGCAGUCAGCGUAACGUUUAACACAGUUUGACAGGGUAUUUCACUUCCUCGUUGUUCAACAUGGCGGGUGACAGGAUACUCGUUGUGGUGGCGUUAGCAGGAUGGAUACAGCUGACAUGGGGCAGCUGCCCUGAUGGUACAUACGGCUACCAGUGUAGUUACAACUGCAACUGUCCCGUCGCAACGUGUAAUUCUAGAGAUGGAUGCAGAUCUAGAAAUCAGACCUGCAACAGAGGGUGGUCAGGACCGACAUGCCAGAAAUACAACAAAGCUCUCAACAAGCCAACAUCAGCCAGUAGCAUCUUUCUCAGUCAGUCACCAAGUAAGGCUGUGGACGGAGUUACCAAAGCGAACAACUAUAGCUACUGCUUUCAUUCAGCCUUCAACGACGCUAGUAUAACAGUUGCGUGGUGGAGAGUGGAUCUGAGUGAGAUGACACAAAUUCAUGACGUCACCAUAUACUUCAGGAGAGACCAUAAAGUUCGUCGGAAUGGUAUCCAGAUCUACAUAGCUGAAACUGACGCCUCCCCACCUGCUGGAGACAAUUGCUACAACGUGAAAGGGAAGGCGGACGGGACAGACAUACCUUAUGUUUUGAACGUUACGUGUUCUGGUAACGGGCGCUAUCUAGUGCUGUACACAACUGUGAAAAGCAGAGGUGACCCAGUACCUAGUAUGGAUUUCUGUGAAGUGCAGGUUUACGUUUGCGGUCCUGGUACUUUCGGCUCUGACUGUGACAACUACUGCCACUGUGACGGUGAGGUGUGCGAGUACGUGAGCGGCGUCUGUCCGAGUGGAGACUGUCUCCCAGGCUGGAAGCAAGACAAGUGUGACACAGAGUGUAUACCCGGCGAUUAUGGACGAAACUGUAACCAGAAAUGCUCUGAUAGGAACUGCAAGACCGACAACUCUAGCUGUGACCACGUGACAGGGGAGUGUGUUGGGGGUUGUUUGACAGGUUGGAAAGGAACAGACUGUACACAGAAAUGCUUACAUACCUACGGAGACGACUGUUCUUACCUGUGCUCUGCCAGACACUGCAGUGAGACAUCAACAUGUGAUCACGUGACCGGGAAGUGUGAACGCGGCUGCAAUCCCGGAUGGAUAGACACUGACUGUACAACAGAAUGCAAGCCUGGAACAUUUGGGCCUGACUGUUCUCGUUGCGGCCACUGUGACGUCACGUGUAAUGUUGGCGAUGGGCACUGUCCAGGAGAAUGUCUGGACGGCUUUACCGGUGACCGAUGUGAUGUGGAUGUUAGAGUGCCACCUGUAACAAGUGGUGUCAUCGGGGGAGCAGUAGGAAUCGCUGUGAUGUUGUUGCUUAAUGCUGGACUGACCACAUGUCUGCUUCGAACUGGAAGACUGACGUGGCGAUCAUCUGCUUGCGCAGAUCCUAAAGACGGGAGAAAUAAGACUGUUACAGGAGACACUGGGGAGAUUUCUGCACACGCGCAUGUGUCCGGUGUUGAUGGUCAAGCCUAUGUUGAACUGAAUGACCUCACAAGAGAGGGAGAUAAGAUGUCAACGUAUGAUGUCAUUAAAAACUAAGAAUCUGAUUAUAAUCUAAUCUAAGAAUCACAUGUCUGUGCAAUCACGAAAAUGUUAUGCCACGUAUCGUUCUAUAAUUGUAUAAAUGAACAAGUUAUUUUCUUGUAUAAAUGCCUUCAUGACAAAUUUGAGUCUGGGUAAUUUUCACUAAAAAAACAAAAUGUAAAAUGCAUCAUGAAAAUGAAAUGAUAUGGUUCCGUCA